AUGAGUGCAAACUUGGUUCUAGUGCUAUUUCUACUAAUUUUUGGACAUAUUUCAAGCCAAAAAGUGAUUCAAGGAAAAUGGAAUCAUAUCUACAAUGAGGAGUCUGGCAAAAAUGCGUCGCUCACAAUUUUUCGUUUUCCUGUGUUGAAAAAUGUGAGUUACUAAUUCUAAACUAUUCAUAGAGUUUUCGAAAUAUUUCAGAAUAUGGUCGCUCGCGUCGCUGUUGAAUGUGAACAGAGCACAUCUCGAAACCCUGUUCUCGUUGUGUUCCGUGAGAAAACUGCGAUUCUCAGUCUCCAAGUUCCAACAAUUGUUCAAAACUACGAAUAUAGCAAAGUCGAACGUACACUUUGCCCGUUUAACGAUGUUGAAGAAAAUGAAGUUUUGACAAUUGAAAUCAGCAGUUUCUCUCCAGUUCCAUACUCUUUCAAAGCUUUCGAAGUUGAGAAUUUCCAAUUGGAGUAAGUUAUUUGGAUUAUCAAAAAGGUUAUGAUUUUCAUGUUUUUUUUUUCAGAAUGAAUGAGAGACGUUUGGUAAAAGCCAGUGCUUCGGAACCAAUUUAUUUCCAAUACAACAUUCCUCAAGGUCUGGAUUCUGUCGUCAUUCACAUUUCUUCAAAUUCUACAGAAUGCAUGAUGGUUUCAGUUCAGAAAAUUGGGGUGAGUAUAAUAAUAUAAAACAAUUAUACAUCAAUAAAAAUGAUAUGUUUCAGUGCCCUGUAUUUGAUUUGGCAAACAAUGUUAUCUCAACGGGAAGUCAUCAAACAAUGACAACUUCUGCAUCAAUGGUUGUUGAACGGUCAGAUAUGGACAGUUUUUAUGUAAUCUUUGUUGUCAAUCCAAAUGAUAACUUAUGUUCGGAGAUGCAAGAUAUUGUACCAGUUCGUAAGUGCAUUUUGAUGUGAUGUCUAAAAAUUAAUUGCCUUCAAUCAAAACCAUUUUCAGGCCCUACAAAAACCCGCAUCAGAUCAAAGAUGUUCAAUGUGACAAUUGAAUCAGCGGCAUCAGGUAUUAUUUACCUAAUACAAACUUUGAAAAAAACAAACAAAACUUUUUUUUAUUUACAGUGAACGAUUAUAUCUUCCCAAUUGGUGUGACAGCAUUGUGCAUAAUUACAGUUUAUUUUCUCAGCAUUGUUUAUAUUAUUUUUGACAACAAAUCGGAGGCACAAUUUUUCCGAGCUUCAUAUGUUCUUCUCGACGAAGGUAAAACGUUUGCUUAACCAUGUAUAAUUCCCAACAAUAAUUGUUGUUUUUCUAGAUCGAAACUAUGAGCGUAUUCGGAUCCGUGUUCAAGAGGAAAUUAUGAUGGAAGAUCCAGAUUUGGCCGAUUGGGAUCUUCUGCCUGAUUGCUAUGAUAAAAUGGUUAUCAGAGCGAAAGCGAAAUUGUGUGUUUAUGAUUUGUCAAUGAAGGAAUGGAAACAUCGAGAGAAGAAGUACAAAGUUUAUUGGAUGUAAGUUCAAAUCACGUUUUUGAAUGACACAAAUAUAGUCGUUGGAAUCCAGAUAAUUUCAAUCACACCUUUUCGCUAACAUCAGUUUCAUUCCAAUAUAUUUUCGAUGAAAAGUUAUUCUUGACUCUAAAUCAUCAAUCAUUUCAGUACUUUGGCAACAAUCGGCUUGUUCUAUGGACUACCAGUUGUUCAACUUGUUUUGACUUGGCAAAACACAGUCCGCCUUUCUGGAGACCUCGAUCUCUGCUGGUACAACUUCCGAUGUGCUCGACCAUAUUGGGGAUUCUUUGCAAUCAACAACUUGAUUAGCAAUUCAGGAUACAUUUUCUUCGGGCUACUUCUUAUCAUAAUCAACAAAUCGCGCGAAUCGAGAUAUAGAGAUCAUGUUUUGAUGGUUCCACGAUUGGAAGAUGUGAGUUUCAACAAAGUUUCGAUCUGAAAUAAAAUAAUGUUUUCAGGAAUAUGGUCUUCCUCAACAUGGCGGACUGAUGACUGCAAUUGGAAUAGCGGUUAUGUUUGAAGGAAUUAUGUCAGCAAGUUACCACAUCUGUCCGUCUGACAGUAAUUAUCAAUUUGGUUGGUUUUCUCCCAAAAUAGUUCAAUAAAUUGUUUUCUUAAAUCACAGAUACCUCAUUUAUGUAUGUGAUUGGAAUGCUUGGAAUGUUGAAGAUCUAUCAACUUCGUCAUCCCGAUAUCAAUGCCAACGCUCAUGUGGCUUUUGCUGUCGUCGCCGCGUUUAUUUUAAUUGCUAUGGGUGGAGUGGUAAGUGUUAUUCUUCAGGAUUUCAAUAUAAUUUCCAAAUCAUCAUAUUCUUUCAGUAUCUUCAUAAUUUUGCUUUCUGGGCAAUCUUUGCUGUUGUUUACAUGUUCACAAUUCUCGCUGUCAGUGUCGAAUUCUACUUCAAAGGAAUUUGGAAGUUUAAUUUGCGCGAACAAUGGAACACAUUCCGAUAUUCGAUUGCUGCUUCAAAACGAUGCUCAUUCCUUGUUCCAGCAUAUUUGGUUAGUUUGUUUUACUUUUAUUAAUUUAAAAUUAUUAUCAACAAAUAUUUCAGGGUCGUUUCUGCAUUCUUGCUCUCGCAAACCUUAUCAACUUCUCAUUGUAAGUUUCAUAUCCACUAAUACUGAAGGAUAGAUAUAACAACUCAAAAUUUCAGCUUGAUCUACGGAGUUUUGCAUCGUCCAAGAGAUUUUGCAUCAUUCUUGCUUCUUCCAUUCAUCGCCAACUUGUUUUUGUAUUUGGUUUAUUAUAUGUGCAUGAAGGUUGGAUAUCGCGAGUCAGUUCAUCCGAGAGGUUGGAUGCUUCUUCUUUUGUCGGCAAUUAGUUGGACUAUUGCUGGAUACUUUUUCUUGCACGCCGUCUCGGAUUGGAGUGUAAGUUACGAAAUAUUGAAAUUUUAGAUUCUGAUGCAAACCAAGAAGAAUCAGUAUUUUCAUUUCUGAGAUUAAGAAUGAAAACUGAUAAUUCGUGAAACGCAAGACAACAUUAAAUACCUAUAAAUUUAAUUUUCAAAAUUAGAAUUCGAAAAUCCCUAAUUUCAAAAUGUUACUCUAUAGUUUUCACAUUUUAAAAUUUACAAGUAGUCAUCCACGGAAUUUAGAUUCUCAAAUAAUUUAAAGCAGCACCCUCGUAUAAUAAGUGAGCGUGUUGUUUUAAAUUGAAAAAUCUGACAAGAUGAACUAUUAGAGAUCAAAAUAAAAUUUAGAAUCAUUGCCAUGUUUUUCAGAGAACCCCAGCCAAAUCCCGCGAGCUGAAUAGCCCUUGCUUGGUCUUGCAAUUCUAUGACAAUCAUGAUAUGUGGCACUUUUUCUCGUCACUUGCCAUAUUUUUUUCUUUCAUUCUCAUCAAUCGAAUGGAUGAUGAUCUCGCUCUUGUUCUUCGUGAUGAUAUUAUUGUAUUCUAA